AUGGUGCUCCAAGACGGUUUCGGGGAAGUGGUCGUGCUGUUCGGAUCGCAGACAGGAAACGCAGAGGCGAUCGCCGGCAGGAUCAGCAAAGACAUCUCGAGCAAGGGAGGGUCAUGCUCGCUGCUGUGCAUGAAGGACUACGAGAAGAUCGACCUGACUCUGGAGCGAGCUGUGAUCGCCGUGGUGUCUACGACAGGGCAGGGAGACGCUCCGGAGAACGCGAGCAAGUUCUUCCGCUUCGUGAAGGGGAGGACGCAUCCCAAGACGCUGCUUGGCGCGUGGCGGUUUGCGGUGCUGGGGCUCGGGGACACGAACUACGACCAGUUCUGCAAGCCAGGCAAGGUUCUAGACAAGCGGCUGGAGGAGCUGGGAGCAAGGCGGCUUGUGACGGGUCCAUCGGGAGCAGCGGGAGAGCACGGAGGGCCAGGAGGAGCAGCAGACGAGGCUGAGGGGGGCUUGAGGCGACGGUGGAGCCCUGGGUACAGCACCUGUACAAGGUUCUUGACUCCCACGGUCGGCAAGGAUAGUGAGAGCGCAAACGAGGUACCCGACAAAGACAAGGUGCAUCUGAUUCAGGACAUCGCUGGUGGCUGGAAGGAGGUGAAGGGUGGGGAGGCGCUUCUCAAGGGCAAGUACGGUGUGCUUCCUCGACCCACCGCGUUGAACCUCAGCAUCGAGGACAGCAUCGAGGACAGCAGCGAGGGCUCGUCGCAGAGUCUCUCCUUCGGUGCCUCACAGCCUGAGCGACGAUAUCCAGCGCGCGUGACGUCAUGGCGAUACCUGACCACUGAGCAAAGCGGAGAUAGGAUCGUAGUGGAGCUGGAGCUUGACAUCUCCAACGUGGACUGGACGUACGCGCCUGGCGACAGCAUCGGCAUCGACUGCUGCAACGACGAGGAGGUUGUGAGGAAGCUUCUUGCCCGGCUGGGCGAAGACCCAGACCGAGUGGUGAAGAUCAGCAGCAGCGCAGGAGGUCCGAGUGCAGCGCCUUCCUCCACUGCAGCUGUGCCGCAGCACCUGGAGGGGCUUGGGAGCAUCUCGCUGCUGAGGCUGGUGCAGAGGAUGGUUGACAUCCGAUCGAUCCCCAAGAAGGCGGUGCUGAGGCUCAUGGCCGAUCACUGCGCCGAUGCGGCAGAGGCAGACGACCUGUACCUCCUCUCCUCCAUCAAGGGCAAAGAUCGUUUCAAGCAGGAGAUCGAGCUUGAGUGCCCCACCAUCGACGAGAUCCUCGAGCGCUAUCCCUCCUGCAAGCCGCCACUUGCUCUCCUUCUGCAGGUUCUCCCCGCCCUGAGCCCUCGCUUCUACUCCAUCGCCAGCAGCCCCCUCGUCCAGCCCUCGCGCGUUCGCUUCGCCUUCUCUGUGGUGCGCUGGAAGACGCCCAAGGGCGUGGAGAGGAAGGGCCUUUGCACCAACUGGCUGCACCUUCUCUGCACCGAGUGGUACAGCAAGUCGCAGAUGGAGGGAGCCAGCAGCCCCGUCCUCAACGUCUUCAUCGCACCCAGCAAGGAGUUCAAGCUCCCCGAGGACUCCUCCUGCCCCAUCAUCAUGGUGGGCCCCGGCACAGGCGUCGCUCCCUUCGUCGGCUUCCUGCAGCAUCGCAACACCCUCGCGGAGGAGAGGAAGGCAGAGCAGCAGUCGAUGGGCGACAGAUGCUUGGGGAGGUGGAGGGGGAUGAUGAUGGAGCUCGAGGACGAGACGGUGGAGGCAGCAGCGCAGGGGCUCAUGUGGCUCUUCUUCGGGUGCAGGCAUCCGGAUCACGACUACCUGUACAAGCAGGAGCUGGAGAGGCUCCAGCGGGAGGAGGCGAUGCUCCUUUCCGUUGCCUUCUCGCGGCUCUCGGACAAGAAGGUCUACGUGCAGCACAAGAUGGAGGAGGCGGGCGAGGAACUCGUGAAGCUCCUCCUCCGUCCUGACUCGCUCCUGUACGUCUGCGGGGACGGGGCGCACAUGGCCAAGGACGUGAGGUCGACGGUAGUGAAGCUGCUGGCGAAGCACGGGGAGAUGGAGGCGGCGGAGGCUGAGAAGCUUGUGACCGGGUGGAUGCACAAGGGGAAGUACUUGCAGGACAUCUGGUCGUAA